AUGCCAGCACUCACUCUGGAGAUGACCAUCAGUUUCGCAUUUGGUACAGAAGCAAAGACGGCAGGGCAUGGCGCCCGAGGGAGGAGUGAUGAUAGAGAAUUUGUGUUGUUUGAGGCAUUCCUCCAGGUUGGCCGCUUUAAGACGAGCUCGACAUUGGUCCAUCUCCUGCUGAGCAUGAAUAAGUUCAGCCCCUACCGAUUGUCUUGCGGCCAGUACUACUCCAAGAUCCUUGAUGUCUUGUAG